UUUUCUUGAGAGACUUUUCACGACAACACGUGUGAAAAGAAGUACGAAAAGUUGUACGCUUUAAAGUUUAUGACAAAUUUUGUUUUUUUAUAAAAGUAGUUUGCAUUUGAUCUGUUUACGUUACAGAUAUUGAAGCUACUGAUUCUGAGUGGUUUAAGCAUCGUACUUCCUCAAAAUGGCUAGGACUGUCCGUAAGACCGAUCCGGUCAAAAAGGCCGGACGAAAAGAUGGAUUUAACCGAUCCGGACACAGUAUGAACCCAGAUCGAAAAAUUUCUGGUCUGAGGGGAGUGAGCAAGGCAAGAGAUAAGGCCACAAUCAAACGAUUGCAGAUGUACCGUAACUUUAAGGCCAAGCGUGAUGAAUCAGGCAAAGUCAUCCGCCCAGCACCUUUUCAAUCCAAAUUUGCAUCUGGUACUGUUGCACGUGUGGAACCUAACCGGCGCUGGUUUGGAAAUGUCAGAGUGGUUGGCCAAUCAGCACUCCAGAAAUUCCAAGAAGAACUUGGACAGGCCAUCAAGGAUCCCUAUCAAGUAGUAAUGCGUCAGACAAAGCUGCCCAUCACUCUGCUGAAGGAAUCCUCUAAAUUCGCAAGAGUUCACUUGCUGGAAACUGAAAGCUUUGAAAACACUUUUGGCCCCAAGAAACAGCGAAAGCGGCCGAGCCUUGCCACCGGUGACUUGGACAGCUACGUAUCCUCAGCCCAAAAAUUCGGUGACGGUUACGAAAUCGAAAAGGACGGAGCUUUGGUUCGUGAUCUGCCAGACGAUCGCGAACUGACUCGAGAGUGGAUCAUGAAGGCUGGCCUCAGCAAACGAAUCUGGGGAGAAUUGUACAAAGUGAUUGACUGCUCGGACGUCAUUAUCCAGGUUUUGGACGCCCGUGAUCCUUUGGGAACUCGAUGCAAGCAAGUCGAAGCUUAUAUCCGUAAAGAAAAAAGCCACAAGCAAUUGUUUUUCGUGCUCAACAAGGUGGAUUUGGUACCAACUUGGAUUACCCAACGUUGGGUCAAGACGCUCAGCUCCGAGUACCCCACCAUGGCCUUCCGUUCUUCGAUGACCCAUCCCUUUGGUAAAGGUUCGUUGAUCAAUUUGCUGCGCCAGUUCGGCAAGCUUCACAGCGACAAGAAACAAAUCAGCGUGGGUUUCAUCGGCUACCCGAAUGUUGGAAAAUCGUCCGUCAUCAAUACCCUGCGCAGCAAGAAAGUCUGCAAGGUGGCGCCCAUCGCCGGUGAGACCAAAGUCUGGCAGUACAUCACGCUGAUGCGUCGAAUCUUCCUCAUCGACUGCCCGGGAGUUGUAUUUCCCACCGGAGAGACGGACGAGGAAAAAGUGUUGAAGGGUGUCGUUCAAGUGGAAAAGCUGAAAACGCCCGAAGACUUUAUUCCAGCUGUGCUGGAACGGGUGAAGAAAGAGUAUUUGAGCCGCGUCUACAGGUUGAACGACUGGAAAGAUGCCACCGACUUUCUCGACCAGAUGGCCCGCCGAACGGGCAGGCUGCUAAAGGGUGGAGAACCGGACAACAACGCCGUGGCCCGAAUGGUCUUGAACGAUUGGCAGCGAGGCAAAUUGCCUUUCUUCGUCGCCCCUGUCAAUCCGGAUGCGGCCAAAGUGGAGGAGAAAACCGAAGGAGAUGCCACAGCCGCCGCUGUUGAAGAGUCGGGAGAGGAGACUGAAAAGGACAAGAAGAAAUUCGAGCCCAGAUUGGCCCAGGAUUUCAGUAAAAUUCGGGUGGAUCUGAAAUACGAAGGUGACGACGUCCAGCCUUUGGAGGCCCAGCCGGACUUCAUGGACGACCCUUCGGCCGACGAAGCGGAAGACGAUGAAGACGCAGAGGAGAAUGUGGCCACCGACAAAGCGACGGAAGAGUCGAAAUCGGCUGAUGUGUCCAAAGGGGAAGACCACGAAGGUCUCGACGACGAGGAAGACGAUUACGAGGAUGAGAUGGACGAAGAAGAAGAGGAAGAUAGCGACGUGGAUGCGGCGGCCAAGAAGAAACAAGCCAAGACCCUGAAACUCAAAGCGAGAACCAUCACCAAGAGCGGGGCCUUUUCCGUGACGCCCACGUCGCGAUCGACCAAGAAAGGAGGCGGCGGUGACGAGGACGACCGACCGGAAAACCCGCGCUGGAAGCUGACUUCGAGAGAGAGGAGAAAGAUCGAUCGCGAUCAGAAAAAGAAGAAGAUCGGCACUCACUUUUACGAAGUGGUCAACGUCAAAAACAAGUCGAAGAAGAAGGGUUUCUUGGAGAUGGCCAAGGCCUUUAGGGGUCACUGUAAGAAGUAGUGUGGGAGUUGCUUUUGUGAUUGUCUAAUCUUCUUUAUGAGCUGAUUAUAACGAUUGAUUGAUUCUAAUUGCCACCACGGGCCGAUACACACAUUCUCGAUUCUUCUCUUUCUCGCCGAUUGAUUCAGUUAUUUUGAACAUCUUUUAUGUAAGUGGGGUCUGAAAUAAAACGAUGAAAAU